AUGAAAGUGUUCAUAUGGAAGUGCUUGCAUGGUGGACUUCCUGUGAGAGGGGAAAUAUACAGAAGAACAAGACAAGGGAAUCCUGUAUGUGCAGGAUGUGGAGAAAAGGAAGAAACAAUCGAACAUUUACUGUUCCAGUGCAGCAAAGCAAAAGAAAUUUGGAAGCUAUCGCUAGUACAAUGGGAUGGAAUACAGCAUCUCUCGGAUUGUUUCAUCAAAUGGUGGUAUGCUAUCAUAGAGGCUCAAGAAGAUAGAGGAGGGGAGUAUCAGGUGAACCUCACAAUUAAUAUUCUCUGGCAGGUCUGGAAAGCCAGGAAUGAAUGGGAGUUUAACCAUAAGGAUAAGGAACCUCAUAAGAUAAUCCAGAAAGCCAUGGCAGAAUGGAUGGAGUUUGAAGAGGCCAACAAAGGAAAGGUGACAAGAAAGAACACUCAGGAAACAGAAAUACAACAAAGACCUGAGCAAGAGCAUAUUCUAACAGAGUGCCAAUCCAGUCUGAUGAUCAAGGUCCAUACGCAUCAAGAUAUAAGGCAAAAAAUAGUGGGGAUUGGAAUCACAGCAACUGACGCUAUGGCACAACUUCAAGCAGGUUGGGCACUGAGGGAAAGAAUGUCAGCAGACCCAUUGCAAGACAAAGCUGUUGCUGUGAGACUCGCACUACUGAAUGCGAUCAACCAAGGAUGGAGGGACAUCAAAGUGGAACUGGAUAAUAGGGAGCUGGUGGAGUGCAUUAAGGAAACAAGGAACAGCAACCAACUGAUGGCUACUCUAAUAGAUGACAUUCAGUCCAUAAGUAAUUUGUUUCAUAAGUGUUCUUUCUCUUUUGUUAAUUCAGGGUAUGUAGGAAGUAUUAAGUUGAGCUUGCAUGCUCUAAACAUCUUUUAG